AUGGCUGCUGACGAUGAAUUGGAGCGGAAUAAGCGCGCGAAGGGUCGUGCAUUGGCUAAACGAGACUCGUACGUCGUUCGCAUUAAGGCUAUCCACACGACCGCUCUAUCGGCCAGUGAUGAUGCGACCAAGGCGCCGCGGUUGCUCGCGGCAUCCGCCAAGCUGGAUAAUUUGUUGACUGGGUUCGAGAUUGAGGACAAUGCUGUGUUCGAAGCUUAUUGUGCUCUCGAUAUGUUGGGCGAGUAUACGACGGACCUUCUUGUUGAAGUAAACGAGUGGGUUUAUGAUAUCCAGUCUAUUGCUGCACGCUAUCGUGUUCAACCCGUCGCUGGGGGUGACCCUCACGUGGCACAACCCCGCGUUUUCCGUCGACUACCUGAAAUUCCGUUACCGCAAUUCGACGGCGAUAUCCAUUAG